AAGUUUUGAAUUGUGUUGCUGACAGUAAAAGUCGUUGUUUCUGUUUGGUCUCUUUGACUUUUAAGCCUCGGGGAGACAGUUUAGUCCGGGUUUCCGCCACGGCAGGUCGGCAGAGGUAACGGUUCGCUACUGCUCGGCUGGUUGCGACCUGAGCUGAGUUUCUGAACCUAGAGAAUCUCUUUAAAUCCAGACAUCAUUUCCUCCUCCCGCUGGAUUCUCUCCAGCCUUCAGGUCUGAAUGGCACAGCUUUGCGCUGUUGUGGGUUUUCCUCCAGCGCCUCCGGUCCCGCCCGCCGUGCAGAUGUCCGGCUUCGACCUCGUCCCGGUAGACGGCGGGGCCCCCGUCCACCUGCCGCCGGGGGAGACGGUGCUGGGCAGGGGCCCCUUACUGGGAGUCAGCGAUAAGAGAGUGUCCAGACACCACGGGCUGCUGGAAAACCGGAACGGACAGCUGCGUAUCAAACCGACCCACCUGAACCCGUGCUUCAUUCAGUCGUCCCUUGGCGACGACCCUCGACCUCUGCAGAAAGAUUCCUGGUACCCUCUUCAUCACGGAGACCUCUUCUCUCUGCUGCCGGGGCAGUUCAUUUACAAGGUGGUGGCUGUGGGUGGAGAAGAGAGCACUCUCAGUCAGAUAUUUGAAGAAGAGGAACUUGCCGGUUCUCCCGAGCCACAUGUGGAACCGGACCGUGGACAGACUCCACCUCGCGAGGACUCAACAGGAGCAGCUCCGUCGAACGGCGAGGAGGACAGCGGUCCCAACAGAAGUUUAAGUCAGCGAGACUCAGCACGUGCAAAGGAAGUGGAGGAUGAUCGCGGUGACGUCGCUCCGUCUGUGAUCAAGGAAAGAGUUUUACCUGCGUGGAUGAUGUCGGCUGCAGCAGCUUCACACGGUUCUUCCUCCAGCCCGAAAGUUCAGUCGGCCGUGAGGACAGGUCAAGCAGCUGCAGGAGCAUCCACCAGCACUAAACGAGCGGCAGCCAAACAGACCACGCCCACUGCCGCCCCCUCACCUGAGGAGGCGGGGCUUAGUGAGGAGGAGGAGGCGAGGCCGAGGAAGAGGAGGAGGAAGACGGCCGAUGAAGAAGAAGCUCGGUCCAAAACAGACGUUCGUUCAGAGGAAACCAAAGUCGGGUAUCAGAGUGGAUCCAACAGGUCUGAGAUCAGCGACGAGUCUGACAACUUCACCGUGGAGGUGGAAGAGGAGGGAAAAGCAGGGGAGAUGUCCACGGCUGACAGAACCACCAGGACACGAGCGUCCGACAUCAGCGAAUCUGAGAGGGAGGACAAGAGGUCGAAAAAUGGACGACAGACGGCUAAACGAGCAGAGUCUGUCGGGUCCAACAGUGGCUCUGCAUCCGUCCCCGCUCGGUCCAAACCUCGACCCAGAACGCCGUGUUCAUACGGGAAGGACUGCUACAGGAAGAACCCGGUCCAUUUUCAGGAGUGCAGUCACCCCGGUGACACCGAUUACGAGGAGGAGGAGGAGGAGGAGGUGGAGAAGGCAGACCGGCCUGAGUGCCCCUACGGCACCGACUGCUACAGGAAAAAUCCUCUUCACCGGAAAGAAUACAAACACACAAAGAAACCAGCUCGCACCGCACGUACCGUCCCCAAAGGGAGGCCCGCUGGUGAUGAAGAUGAAGACGAGGACCUUGGGGAUGACGACAGCUUCAUUGACGACGACAGCGAGGACGUGGGCGAUGACUCGGACUACGUCCCUCCCGACUCAGAUGACAGCGGCAAGGAGGACAUCAAAAGACUGCAGAAAGAAGCAACGGUCUUUCUGAAGAGGAGGAAGUAGACCCGUGCACAGAUGCAACUGUCUGAUCAAACUAAAAUCACCUGAGAAAAGGCCUCAACAGAUUCAGAGUCCAAGACCCACUGAAGAUGUUAUUUGGAUGAGAUCUAAUUGAGUGACCCUUUUGGCCCUGAAGCGUACCUGUAGCACCCAGUACCGAAACGUUUGCCGGUUUGAGACUGUCUCUAGUAGAAAAACAUGAUUAUGCUUCUUGAAGUGAGGUAUCAAAAAGCAUGAUUUGGUAUCAGGUAUCGGCGCUGGCGUCACAAGAUUUCAAGUGACACCCAGCCCUGCUGUCUGGUAUUUCAGGUAGUAGAAGUUGACGCUGAAGGCGCGCCCUUGUUUACCCGUUCCUAACUCCUCCCGUCAUUUCCCUGUACACUACAGCAGGAGCACAUCCGUCAGCCCCUGUGAUGCUGUGAUGUUUAUCUGCCUCCUCCAAAGAAACUCCCAGAGUCUCAUAAACUCUGUGUUGGUGUUUAUUAACUCUUGUCAGCUUCCUGCAACAGAAUCUGGCUUUUCUUUUUAUUUACGCUGUGUACGUUGUUAAUGUGAGUUUCGGAGUAACGUCGGCCUCCAGCAGCAGAUUGAUCUAAGUCUGCUUUCUGACACUGACUCCCACUCAGCAGCGUGCGUGUUAAAGCUGCGGACCAUUUACUGCGCAAACCCAACUACUCUGACUACAGAAUAGCUGUAAAUACAUUCUUUACAAGCCGUGUUGUGAAGAAUGUGUCUUUUACAACACAGCUUUAAAUAUGUGAAGCUACUUUAUAGUGUAUUAAGCGUCAUCUACAGCUCCACAGACAGACGACGUUAAGGAACUAGCAGUUGUUGAAAAGCUCUUGGGAAACCCUCCGGUCUCCUAGGAUCCAUCGUCACCGGGAGACGAGGCCAUGGUCUGAGCUGCUGUGGAUCAAACUCUGGUUUUGUAAAAUGGCCACACAGGAAGUGACGGACAGAAGCCUGCGGUUUGAGCUCUCAGAACCUCAGCGUCCGCUCAGACGCCUCUCGUCUGUUUACUGACAUCAGCGUACAAGAUUUCUGGCUCCGUUUUCUUUCUUUCUUUUUAAGUUCCUUCCAGCUGCCAAAGUGCAAAAGCUGGUCGGCAUCUUCCCAGGUGUCGUCAUGGCAACCGCAAACAAAACAACUGGCUGUAGUGAUUCAGGUCGAUUAAAGAAACUUGUUUUUGUAUGAAAAUCCUGCAAAUUUAAAUGAAGAAACAUUACUGAGCCGUUGGCUCUGGCUUUUUGAGUCUGUGUUUUGUGACUGGGACAAACCACUGAGUUUGCUGUCUAAACUGGGAAUGCUCUGGGAUUCACUGGAAAUACUCCAGCGUUACUCUGACAGAAAUGUGAGAACUAUGUAAAGAUUAGUCCAGACUGGAACAGGAAGCUCUUUCAGAGAUGCACUCUUUUUCAUUUGAAUUGUAUUUUAUUAGAUUCUUUCCGUUUAGAUUUUAUUUCAGCUGAAGCCUCAUCUGUUCCUUUCAGAAAUUCAUUCUGCCCUGUAAAUAUGUAUAGUCCAGGAGUUUUUUACUGUUUGUUGGGCUGUUUUUUUAAAAUUUCUUGUUUGAAUA